AUAAGUAUUCGCAUGAUUCAACCUUCCUCAUGAACUGAUCACUACUUGAAAUAUAAGAUAUGACAUUACGUCAAAAAGGUUCCAAUUUUCGGAGAAUCUGGAACUCCAAGUGAAAAUGGAAAUAUGAAACUUGAUGUUUUGACUUUUUGGAUCAUUUAUAAUAUAAAUCAAAGGCGAUCAUGGUCAGUGCAUUUAACCCGACAUAGCAUUGACAACUAAACACAUUUUAUUUCUUGUAACUUUCAAUGUAAAAAUGGUAACUGAUGAUGAAAAUUCGACGGAGCUCGAGGAAACAACAUCGUCCGAUGGAGAAUCUUCAAGUUGUUUUUUCAGUGAAGAGGAAAUUGACAACUGUUUGGAUUCCCCGCAUAUUGAAUAUAAUUUUACUGAUUUAAAAAAAAUAGGUGCUGGCGGAUUUGGGUCAGUGUAUGAAGCCGUCCAUACCAUCGAAGACAAAAAAUAUGCUCUCAAAUUUGUGAAAAUAUUUUCUUUAGAUUUUGAUAAACGGGAAGUUAAAAUUUUGGCUUCACUUAAUCAUCCAAAUGUCCUCAGAUAUUAUACUUCUUGGAUAACACCAUUCCAUAAAUGGAGUUCUUGUUCAGAAGGAUCUGGAAAAGAAAAUUCCGAUAGUAUUGUAUCUUUUGAAAAAGAAAUUCCCCCUUCUGAAAAAAAUAAUGCAGUGGUUAGUACUGACUCUAAAUCGAAAAAUAGUAAAAGUUCAGAGUUCAUUUAUGAUGCCUGUUUGGUUAUUCAAACUGAGCUUUGCAACCCUAAUAAAAAUCUCGAAAGUCUAAUCCAUGAAGGAGAAAUAUUCACAAUGAGUGAUAAGAAGAGACUUAAUCUGUUUUUGGAUAUCGUGUCUGGCCUGGAGUACAUGCACAGUAAAGGCAUCAUGCAUCGUGACUUGAAACCUUCAAAUAUUUUAUUAGACAUGGACAAUCGAGCAAAAAUAGGAGAUUUUGGAUUUGCCAGGAAAUGCAAAUUGUCUCCUGCAGGUAAAACAUCUGAAUAUGAGUUAUCUCAAAAUGUGGGAACAUGUCUAUAUGUUGCACCAGAAGUUAGAGAUUCGACCGUCUAUGAUAAAAACGCCGAUAUCUACAGUCUCGGAAUGAUACUGUUUGAGAUGUAUCAUAAAAUGGGAUCACGAAUGGAAAGAAUUAAAAUCAUGGCAAAACUUAGAAAUCAAGAAUUUAGUGAUUUAAAAAAUAUUCCGGCCCAGUUUAGAAAUGUUCGACUUUUGGUUAAAAGUCUUCUUAGCCACGACCCCCAGUUGAGAAAGACGUUAAAGAGGAUAAUAAAGUUAAUGUCACCAUCAGAACAACAGCGACGUUCUAGAAGGAUUACAGGAUAUGCUUUAAAUAUAAAAAAUGACAUUACGACAAGAAGGUUCCGAUUUCCGGAGAAUCUGGAACUCCAAGUGAAAAUGGAAAUAUGA